GGCGCCGCUCGAGCUCGAUUGCGGCGUCUCCCUCGGGCCCUUCACGCUCGCCUAUCAGACCUACGGCACGCUCAAUGCCGAGCGCUCCAACGCGGUGCUCCUCUGCCAUGCGCUCACCGGCGACCAGUUCGUCCUCGGGCCCCAUCCGGUUACCGGCAAGCCCGGCUGGUGGGAGGUGAUGGUAGGGCCGGGCAAGACUUUCGACACCGACCGCUAUUUCGUGAUCUGCAGCAACGCGCUCGGCGGCUGCAUGGGCACCAGCGGGCCGAAGGAGAUCAACCCCGCCACCGGGCGCCCCUGGGGUCUCGACUUCCCGGUCAUCACCAUCCGCGACAUGGUCAAGGCCCAGGCCAUGCUGCUCGACCAUCUGGGGAUCGAGCAGCUCUUCUGCGUGUCCGGCGGCUCCAUGGGCGGAAUGCAGGCUUUGCAGUGGGUGGCGAGCUACCCCGAGCGCUGCUACACCGCGGUGCCGAUCGCCUGUGCCGCAAGCAUUCGGCCCAGAACAUCGCGCUCAAUGAGGUCGGCCGCCAGGCGAUCAUGGCCGAUCCCGAAUGGCGCGAGGGGCGCUAUCAGGAACUCGGCACGAAUCCGGUGGGCGGCCUCGCGGUGGCGCGCAUGGCCGCGCACAUCACCUAUCUCUCGGAAUCGGCGCUGCACCGGAAGUUUGGCCGCGCGCUUCAGGACAGGAGCAACGUCACCUACGGCUUCGAUGCGGAUUUUCAGGUCGAGAGCUACCUUCGCUAUCAGGGACAAAGUUUCGUCGAGCGUUUCGACGCCAACUCCUACCUCUACAUCACCCGGGCGAUCGACUACUUCGAUCUCGCGGCCGACUACGACGGCGUGCUGGCGAAUGCGUUUCGCGGGGUCGAGACCCGCUUCUGCGUGAUUUCCUUUACCAGCGACUGGCUUUAUCCCACGUCGGAGAAUCGCGCCAUCGUGCGAGCGCUGGCCGCGGCUGCCGCCAACGUGAGCUUCGUCGAGGUGGUGAGCGACAAGGGGCACGAUGCCUUCCUCCUCGACGAGCCGGACAUAGCGGUGCUGCCGCCAAGCGCGGGCUCCACAGCCCGUAAGAACCGGUCCGUGAACGCAGGCCCGCGGCGCCAGGGCGCCCGCCCCGACCAUCGCCUGAUUGCCGAGCUGGUGGAGCCUGGCUCCAGGCUGCUCGACAUCGGCUGCGGCGACGGCGCCCUGCUGGAGCUGCUCGCGCGCGAGAAGAACGUCGAUGGCCGCGGCAUCGAGAUCAGCCAGGAGGGCGUGAACGCCUCGGUCAGGCGCGGGCUCUCGGCCAUCCAGGGGGAUGCGGAGACCGACCUCGCCGACUACCCGGACGCAGCCUUCGACUAUGUCGUGCUGAGCCAGACCCUGCCGGCGAUCCGAGACCCCAGGGGCGUGUUGCUGGAACUGCUCAGGAUCGGCCAGAGCGCGAUCGUCUCGAUCCCCAAUUUCGGGCAUUGGCGCAACCGGCUGCAUCUGCUGACCCGUGGCCGGAUGCCGACGCCUCUGGGUUCCGGCGAGCUAUGGUAUGAGACGCCAAUGAUCAGGCCCUGCACGAUCAAGGACUUCGUGAUGCUCUGCCGCGAGCUCGGAAUCCGUAUCGAGCGACGCACCCAGGUCGAUUCGCGCGGCCGCGUGCGCCGCUUCACCGGCACCGGCCGCUUCGCCAACCUGUUUGGCGAGCAGGCGGUGUUCCUGCUCUCGGCCGAUCCCGCGCGCGGCGCAGGCUCAGGGGCGGGACAACGGUAA